AGCUGGCAGCCUCUACAUCGAGCAGAGUUUGCUCAGGACUGACCGCAGUUCAGCCAGAAUACAUAUCCGGAUCUCCUUGUGACAGUCAGCUGAUCUCGGCUGGUUAUGUGGAAGUUUUGAGCUUCACUGUCUGACAGCAACAACUCCAUUCAGAAUCAUUUCAAAACAGGUAGAAAUGGCCUCAAACCCUCCCUGGUUAAAGACCGAGAUCACUGCUGAUGAAAGGCUGAAAAACUUGAAAAAUACUUUUGAAACAAAGCAUGGAGAAUCUCCUCUCUUCUAUGCAUGUGCACCUGGAAGGGUAAAUCUAAUAGGUGAGCACAUUGAUUACUGUGGCUAUUCUGUGCUACCAAUGGCCAUUGAGCAGAACAUCCUGGCUGCCGUGUCAGUGAACAACUCAGGAACAAUCCAGCUGGCCAACACAAAUCCUCUGUACCAGGAUUUCACAGUGUCUUGCUCAGAGGUCAUCGCUAUAGACAGAGACAAUCCAAAGUGGUUCUAUUAUUUUCUCUGUGGAGUCAAAGGGAUUCAGGAGACGUUUGAGAUCCCUCGUUUAGUAGGGAUGUCAUGUGUCGUUGAUGGAACCAUCCCUCCGAGCUCCGGUCUGUCCAGCUCCAGCGCCUUAGUGUGUUGUUCUGGACUCCUAACAAUGGAGGCAAAUCAGAAGUCCCUGUCAAAGGUGGCUCUUGCAGAGAUCUGUGCCAAAUGUGAGCGCUACAUUGGUACAGAGGGAGGCGGCAUGGACCAGUCCAUAUCAUUCCUGGCAGAGAGAGGAACAGCAAAGCUGAUAGAGUUCCAGCCUCUGCGGGCCACUGAUGUCAAGCUGCCAGAUGGGGCCGUGUUUGUGAUUUCCAACUGCUGUGUGGAGAUGAACAAAGCUUCUACUUCCCACUACAACAUCCGUGUGGUGGAGUGUCGCAUCGCCACAAAGAUGCUGGCGAAGGCGAAGGGUCUGGAGUCGAGCAGGUUGCUGAAGCUGGCUCAGGCUCAGACGGAGCUGAAGGCCUCCCUGGAGGAGAUGCUGACUCUGGUGGACGAGGUGCUGCAUCCUGAGCCGUACAGCCGGGAGGAGAUCUGCAAGGUGCUGGACAUCACCUUGGAGCAGUUUUCAGCAGACCUGCUGAGCGCCAACACUCAGCACAUGACGCAGUUUUGGCUUCACCAGCGAGCCAAACACGUGUACGGUGAAGCUGCUCGAGUGCUGCAGUUUAAGAGCGUCUGCGACUCUGAACCUGCUGAAUCCAUCCAGCUACUCGGAGAUUUGAUGAACCAGAGUCAUGCGAGCUGCAGAGACCUCUAUGAGUGCAGCUGCCCUGAACUGGACCAGCUGGUGGACAUCUGUCUGAAGGCGGGGGCUGUGGGUUCCCGGCUGACAGGAGCAGGCUGGGGAGGCUGUGCCGUCUCCAUGGUGCCCACUGAGAAGGUGGAGUCUUUCUUACAAGCUGUCAGAGCCGCCUACUACCUCCCCGAUCCGCGCAGAGCAGCCAUGGAAAAACAAAGUUUGUUUGUGUCAAAGCCGGGUGGCGGAGCUGCGAUUUUCCUUGAGGAGUGAAAUACAUCAUCUGUGCCUGCUUAGACCACAGUCAGCCAAUAUCAAAUACACUGAUGAAGGGAAAUAAAGGGACAUUUUCUAUAUUUUCAAACAAUUAAGGAAGAAGACACUUGAAGAUUCGUUAAUUUCUGUGUAGCAUUUUACCGCUAUACAGUUUAUGCUGGAAUAUAAGGGCCAAAAAAUGUACUGAGUGGCGCAUUAAAUCAUGUUUUGUUUUUAUAAAAUCACAAAUAUGUAAUAUUUUGGUGAGCUAAUUCACACGAUUUUCAUCUAAACAGAAAAGAUAACAAAUAAAACGGCAACCAGUUUGUGUUGUAUAAAAUCCAUUCAUCCUUUA